GAGUGUGGUUCUCGCCUCAGCCAGCCGCGCGCACGCCGCCUCUGUUUGUACACAGCGCACUUUCCAGCCGGCAGAGCGCUCUCUCUCUCUCUCUCCCUCGUCAUUGUUCUCUUCCCUGCAGCAGCGGCAGGAGCAGCCAGCCAAGAGGCUGCCCCCACCGACCCGCGGCAGGCGAAGGAGGCGAAGGAAGAGUCUCUCGCUCGCUCGCUCGCUCGCUCCCACACACCUGCCCAGCGCAGCCGCGGAACCGGCGAGCGAUGAGCGGCGAGUGGCGGCAGCCGCGUUCCGGCCGCGAGCUGCGCGGGGGUCUCCGAGGAGGAUAUCCUGGCCAUUAGGCGAGACGCGGCACUCGCCGUCCUUGAGGGAGAGGAGAAGGAGAGAGGCUUUUCCCUCACGCGCGGGGACGUCGCCUUCUUCCUGGUGGGGAUCUGCCGCCCAGCGACCAGGGGCGGAGAGACCGCCGCUCUUCCUCCCGCGCCAAACUCCUCGACUCCGCCGCCUCGGGCUCGUCCCUCGGGAGAUCCAGCGAUCACCAUCAUGAGCCGCUGGGUGGGCGCCUGGCUCGUGCUGUGCGCCAGCCUGGGAGCGCCGUCGUCCGCCAGAGGGGAUAUAUGCGACUCCAACCCCUGUGAAAAUGGAGGCAUCUGCUUGUCUGGAUUGGAUGACAAUUUCUACUCUUGCGAGUGUCCUGAUGGCUUCACAGAUCCCAACUGUUCUAGUGUUGUGGAGGUUGUGCUAGAUGAAGAAGAGCCAACAUCAGCAGGGCCAUGCAUUCCUAAUCCCUGCCAUAAUGGUGGAAUAUGUGAAAUUAGUGAAGCCUAUAGAGGAGACACAUUCAUAGGCUAUAUCUGCAAAUGCCCAGAGGGGUUUAAUGGGAUCCACUGCCAGCACAAUGUGAACGAAUGUGAAGCUGAACCCUGCAAGAAUGGUGGCAUUUGUACAGAUCUGGUAGCUAACUAUUCAUGUGAGUGUCCUGGCGAAUUUAUGGGAAGGAACUGCCAACACAAAUGCUCUGGGCCAUUGGGAAUUGAAGGCGGAAUAAUUUCAAACCAGCAGAUUACUGCAUCAUCUACCCAUCGGGCACUUUUUGGGCUCCAGAAAUGGUAUCCUUACUAUGCACGACUUAACAAGAAAGGUCUUGUAAAUGCUUGGACUGCAGCAGAAAACGACAGAUGGCCCUGGAUUCAGAUAAACCUGCAGAGGAAGAUGAGAAUCACUGGUGUUAUAACUCAAGGUGCCAAGAGAAUCGGAAGCCCAGAAUAUAUAAAAUCAUACAAAAUUGCAUAUAGUAAUGAUGGGAAAUUAUGGGCAACAUACAAAGUGAAAGGCACAACUGAAGAUAUGGUGUUCCGUGGGAACGUGGAUAAUAAUACGCCUUACGCAAAUUCUUUCACACCACCAAUAAAAUCUCAGUACAUACGAUUAUAUCCUCAGGUUUGUAGAAGGCAUUGCACUUUGCGAAUGGAACUUCUUGGCUGUGAAUUAUCAGGUUGCUCUGAACCUCUGGGGAUGAAAUCAGGACAUAUACAGGAUUAUCAGAUUACUGCUUCCAGUGUCUUCAGAACACUCAAUAUGGAUAUGUUUACAUGGGAACCUAGAAAAGCUCGUCUGGACAAACAAGGCAAAGUGAAUGCCUGGACAUCGGGGCAUAGUGACCAGUCGCAGUGGCUGCAGAUUGAUCUUCUUGUUCCUACAAAGGUGACGGGCAUAAUUACUCAAGGAGCCAAAGAUUUUGGUCAUGUACAAUUUGUGGGCUCCUAUAAACUUGCCUACAGCAACAAUGGAGAGCACUGGACCAUAUAUCAGGAUGAAAAGCAAAAAAAGGAUAAGGUUUUCCAGGGCAACUUUGAUAACGACACCCACAGAAAGAACGUCAUUGACCCCCCAAUCUAUGCACGGCACAUAAGGAUCCUCCCUUGGUCAUGGUACGGCAGGAUCACUUUACGGUCAGAGCUCUUGGGCUGUACAGAGGAGGACUGACGAGGAUCUUCACUUUUCCACACAACUCUUGAUAUUCCUAAAAAAAAUAUCUCCAUAGAAGAAACUGUGCAAAACCUGUAGGAAGUUGAAUGGGUUUUUCAUGAACAAGUGCUCACUUUCUGGUAGGCCGCUAACUGUCUUUUGUAAGGAGGUCUAAGCCUGCCCUUAAAAUGGUCCAAAUCUGAGUUGGGGGUUUUCUUUGGGUCCUUUUAAAGCUUAGUUCCAGUUAUUGCUCUGUUUUGAUGUGGAAUUUACCUUUUAAGGUGUGUUUUUCUCUGAGUUAUUUCAUGCUGGCUGAAAUAUCGUUAGGAGUAAGAAGCAGCAUCCUUUUUACAAGGAAGAUGAAAGUGGCGUGACCGAGUUCACUUGUGACUUGAGAAGGAACAGGCUGAUUCAUUGUUUCCAAACCCACAUGGUCAUCUCACUUGCAAAAAGUGAUACUGCAGCUUUAGCAAUAAGUUUUUCUCGGGGAUGACUGCAUUUGAUUGUUUCCCUUGUGCCUAUCAAGCAUUGUCAAGAUUAAUGACACUUUUUUGGAAGUGAUCUCUGUGGUCUGCAGUCCUCCUGGUGUCACAAACUACCUUUUGUAAUUUCCUUUACAAACAGCCGAGUCCACCCACCCUAGGGUUUCAUUUCCACAUGUUUUGCUUCCCAUUUAGCACACUGUGGGCAUCGUCACUGUGUUUUAUGUUUGAUCACAUUAACUGCUUCUGUUUCUUUUCAAUGAGCCAACCUGAAUUUUAUGGAACAAAAUCUGCUAUCAGUAUAUUAUGAAGUUAAUGAUUUUGUCAGUGAAUUCAGCUUGCAUUUUCUUUCUAAGGGAUGCUGAGAUGAAAGAUCAUGGACCAAAUUCAAAGCUUAAGUAACUGUAGCCGGGAGGGAGGCACACAUGAAUGCUACAAAGCGGGCAUUCAUAUGAUCCUGCAUUUUCAUGCAUGGUGGUUGCCUCAUGGAGCUGCCUAGGAGAUGGCUUCUCUGAGAUGCUUCCUAUGACUCAAUGGGCAAGAGUCAUUGUGAGAUCUAGAGGUGCAUGCCGAAACAUAUGGACUAUGUAUCCUCGUUCUGAGGAGCAACUCAACUACAGCACUGUCCCCAAGCUUCAGAAAUAUGUGUGGAAGGAUGAAACCUGAGGCUGAGUGGUCAUAUAAUAUUAUAUCUUAACAUUAUUUUAACCAUCAGCUCUGCAAGGAUUCUUCAGGCCCUCUGACUGGAGAAGACAAGUCUUGUAGGAUACGCAAGUGGCAGUGUUGCAAAAACAGAGAGAGGAAGGAAGUGGGAGAAUUGGAUUCAGAUACGGGGCAGGUGCCAAUCAUCAGCGAUAAUAAGCAGGGCUGAGUGUAUGCUAUGAGCCUUCAGGAAAGAAAUUGGAGGGAGAGCAAAGAACUCAUUAUUGGGUGAUGAAUUCAGCUUUCUGGGAAUGGCAGCCUUCAUUUCAAAAUGAGAAAGUUUAUAGCUCUUAAGACUGCAAAAAAUAUGAUCAAAAGUAUCUUGCCAGCAGCUGCUGCAAUCUCCAGAGGUUGGAAUUUCAGUGCCCACCAUAGUUCCAUCACCUCCCCAUGACUGGAAAGGGUAUAGAAGUUGGAUUGUAGAAUUUUAAUUAUUUUUUAAAAUGUGGAUCAUGCAGUGCCCUGAUAACAGAGAAUGGAGUACAUACUGCCCUGAUGGAUCAAGCAGUGUGCAUGCAUUCAGAAAGAUAAGCCACAUACAGGAGUCAGUCAAACACCACAGUAUUCCUACUUCAGGCAUUCAGUUUUCUUAUCAUUUGCAGCCUCAGUGCUGGCAGAGCUUGCUAUCACUAUUGAAGGAAGAGCUGGGAUUACUGAAUGGGGUAAAAAGGUUUCUGAAGUGCUUUCCCAAGUAACUCCAUGGGGUCAUGUGGCAACCGCAGCUGCUGCUGCAUCAUAGCUGUGGUGUGAACUGUUUAUCACAGGUCAGCUAUCGCUAAUGGGUCUUGCUUAUACAUCAGAACAGAUCCCUUCAGAGCAAGCAAAUAUCUCAAGAGGUGACCUUAUUACUCAUUGUUAGUGAUUAGCCUAUUACCUAAUAACACCCUCUUCAGUUGAUAACCUGAAUUAGCCAUAAAUCCAGUUCUCUUGCGCAUUGACCUCUGUGACUAAGAUCUUCCAUUUGAAAUUGUCAAGAUGGCUGUAGCUUCAUUUGAAUGGACCUAGGAUGCAGCACACAUCAGUCAAUGCUAGAAAGCCAUGUAUGCAGUUUUCCCAGAGAAACAGUAGCCCAUGCCAAUCCCUGGCCAAGCAAGAUAUGAUAUGCUGUUGCCAUUGGAAUUAGUACACAAAGGUGCUGGCAGAGCACUGUGUAAAUGGCUCUCCAUUUCUGACUCUGCCCGACCACCAUCUGGGUCAGUGCAACCCAAGCUGUGACAAAUGUGUAUGAAAACACGGCCAGGAUUUAAUAGAAGGAAUUUAUCUUGUGUAAAACUCCUUCGUUGUGCAGAAGGAGUUCCUGGUAAAUGGUAGUCCUAACAAAUAUUGCAAAGCACUUUCAUUUUAAUAAGGUAUUGGUAUUCUGUCCAUUUCUUUUAUAAUUCUUGAGUGUCUUCUUAUUACUUAAAACCUUCAAGUUGUGCUCAUUUUCAUUUUUAAUUUCAUAACAUACUGUGGUAGAUUUUUUUUUCUUGGUUGUGUCUCAUUAACACAUCAUGCUAAGUAUUUUUUAUGAAAUUCCAUUAUCAUUAAAAGAAAAAAAUGGAGAUAUAAAGAUGGGCUCUAUGACCUUAAUAAAUACUUAGUCAUCCUAUAAUUUUACAGUAAGGAAUCGAUACGCUUGUUUAAAAAGAAAAGAAAAAGAUUUAAAAGUCUGAUAUAUUUUUUAAAGGUCAUCACAACCUUCACAUAAACUCCUACUCUGCAACAUGAGAUAAUGGCCACGUUGAGACAUCACAUGAAACUGUGCAACGUGAACUCACAUGCUCCUCCCCUCUUCUCUCCUCUCUUCCUCCUGAGGGGAAGAGUUUAGAAGUUCUCACAUCCACUUUUGCUUAACCAUGGUUUGCCGUGUCAUCUAGAGCAACAAGCCUGUUUUAACAUUAACUGCGGCUAAUUUUAAGACAUACCCUCAGGUCUAGAUGUUACAGCAAGCUGUGGUUAAUCAAAAGUAGAAGUGAAAGCUUCAAAAUUCCUCCUUCUGACCACAUGGAAAGAGGAUAGGAUAGGGGAGAGGGUGAAAACCCAAAGCUCACUGCAGCUUAUUCCUGUUUGUGCACAUCACACUAAACAAUGAUUUAGCAUGACAUAUGGACAUGGUCAUUACAUCUGCUUUGCUUAAAAACAAAAACCUUUAAUGAUCAGGGGAUGCUAUCUUGAAAGCACCUCUCAAAAACAUCGAACCAGUAGAAUAAUGAGAUCUGUCGAUAAAGAGCACCUAAUUCUUAAGGUGCAUUUGUUCACACUUUUUUUUUGUAAGGCUUAGACAUGGAUAUUCUGAGCUCCUUAGUUUGAGAAUCUGAUCAAGGUAAAGCAAGUUAUGUGUAAGAAAUGUUAAGGUCCUGUGCAACACUGUUAAGUUUAUGGGGUUUCUUUGUUUUUUAGUUGGAUUUGUGCUGCAUUACAAAAGCCACUAGACUGUUACUGUCUUGUCUGUAACUGUGUUAACAUUUUUUAACAAUGUUAUCUAUGGAGUGGUCUUCAAUUGUAGUGAAUAAUUUUAAAGAGAAAGUCAAUCAUAACUGUGCUUUAAGGUGCAAAUGGCUAACAGAAUAAGGAUGGUAACUGAAAUGGCAUUUAACUACAAAUGGCCCAAAUCCUGCACUUUUAAGCUCUUAUGAAGAUCCUGUGAUUCACAGCCUACUUCCUCCAGAGUAGUUUUUCUUAAUUGUAUUGGCCUAUGCUGGAGAAAAGAACUGUGGUUUGUUUGACAUUUUAGUGGGUCGAGACUUCAAUGGGGCCUCAUUUUUAUACGCCUAUUUGAUGGGGCCAAAUUUUGCACUUGCAGUCCUUGGCUGGUUCAAUGAAUAGCAUGCCUAAUCGUAUGAGGCCUGGCACCACCACAGUAAACACUGGUACCAACCCCAAGGUCUACCUGUGGUCCACCCAGAAAGAGUAGUGGCAGUGUCAUAUUGUGUGUGUGUGAAAUAUGGGGGAAGAUGGGGGAUUAAACAGGUGAUUGGUGCUGCAUCUAUAUGGCACUUCUUACGGAAUCACUGUUGAGCAAGGGAAACUGCAUACACAGUGCCCUUUUGCACAUGAAAGCCCCAAACCCAAAAGAAUGCAGGCCACCUUUGAUGGAUCGGGGUAAUGGUCAGCAAUUGGUCCUCUGCAGAAGAUCUUACUGAAAGAAAUGCUUUGGGGAUGCAGCUUCCCUGAAUAAGAGGUGGUUCCUGCAAAUAAGACACGACAGGUCUGUAACGUUUGGGCUCCAUCUUGAACUCCAGCUACUGCUAACACCAUGUCAGUGACUAUAGCUGUCACCAAUGGAGCACUUUGAGCUGCUAGUCAGAAUGUUCUGAUAAAAUGUUUCUGUGUUUAUUAGUAUUUUUUUUCCUUUUUAAAAAAAGAAAAUGCAUUUAAAUGAAUAUUUCUUGAAUUUGCAAUUAACUUAUAUAUAAUAUAGUUUAUAGUUCGAAAAAGAGCAUCCUAUUGAAAAUGUGGUCACUCAGUCUUCUAUUUGAAAGGGUUGCAUUUUUUCCUUCUGCUGCACGGUUCUGUCGGCCUUUACAAUGUUAUUCAGAGGAGCCUGAAAGCUUUCCUUUCUUUCUUUUUCAAGAUACACCUUGAGGCUUUUUGCCACAUUUUGCACCUGUCACAACAUUAUUAAACUAAAAAAAAUGCCUUUGACAUCUAUUCAGUAACUAUGGACACAAUUUACUGAGAAAUUCUUCUCACUGGAAUGAAUGGGGCCUGCAUAAUAAUCUGACCCUGUAUUUCAUGCCAUGGCCAAAAUAACAGAAGCUAUUCCAUUUGGGCAAAUGGCACACUCCCCCACCAGCCUCUCUUUGCCUCCAGCCAGCCCCCACCUGCCUGCCUUCCUAUUACCAGCCCAGAGGGUACCAUUGCCUGUCAGAUUCCUCCUCCUGCUCUCAGUGUUGCCUUCAUAUAACUUGCACAAAAGGAACCCGCUGUAGAGGAGCAUACACAAAUUGGAAAAAACAGGGGUUCAGGCCAGCAUACAAAGACAAAAUAUAUGGCAAGCAAAGUACAAUGAAUGCAUUUGUCACAAUGUACCCACUAUUACAGGGCACACAGUACAUGCAAGCGGUACUGCAGAACCAUCAAAAUAAGUACAACAUUAGAAUUAAUAAUAUAUUUUCAUUAUCUCCGAUGCAAGGGUAUUCUUGAGAGUGGCAGAGCAUUUUCCAUAUAUUGUGUCUUUGUAUGCUGGCAUGAACUCCUGUUUUUUCAAUUUGUGUAUGUCUUCAUAUAACUCAACAGGGAGGAGGAUGGGGACAAAACUAGAAUUAGUUGACUCUGCUUGUCAUUGGCUGUAGCACCACCUGGUCCACCUACUGUUGGCCUGCCCUUUACCCCACCAGCCGCCACUGCUGGACAUCACAUUAACCAAGCGGAUACAAUGGUUGCAUUUUUCUGGAAGCUUGAUUGAAGCCUAUGUUGAAAUCUUCCUCUCUUUUCCACAGUCCUGAAUGAGAAUCACCGCUCAAAAGCUGCUAUUUGUAUUUCAAGGGAAGUCAAUGGGACCUUCCCUUGGAAUGCAAUAGGACCUUCCCUUGGAAUGCAAAUAGCAGCUCUGAUGGUUUUUCUCUAAACCAUGGCAGGAGAAAAAGAGCUAAACUCCCCUCUUCACAUGCACCUCAUUGCCCUAAGGCUGCUCUGGCUUCCCCACAGCUCCUGUUUACAUAACAAAAUAUAUAUGCAAGUCUAGUUUUGUCCUCUUGCAAAAGGAAGAACUUCCCAGUGGAUUGUGUCCUUUGGAUUAAAGGUAACAGUUGACCUCUAAAUGUAUCCCAUAUAGAACACUUUUUGUUCUGUUUGUCAUUGUGCACAAUGUGUAUAGUGUGUUCUGUAGUAAGAAUGAGCUCACACGUACAUAUUCAUGGUCACUCUGUGACUGGGAUGUGUGAAAGCCAUCACUGAUCAAGCACCUCAGACAGCAUUUUCAGAUUACCUGCGCACCUCGACCACAACACUUUUCAAUGCAGGGAGUUCACACAUUCGGCUGUGAGUCACCAGCUGUUGGUUAAUUGUGUACUAAAGCACAGUGUGGUGUACAUACAUGUUUUGGUCUGCCCUGAGUCUAGGUAUUACAUCUUAUUAAUAAAAAUGGAACAACACCACACAAUUGUACAUAUGUUGGAUGUCGUUGUGAUCUACAAAUUGCCUAGGUUUUAAGCUCAGGAGGCAGUGCUCCAGGCCAAGUGGUUUUGUGGAUCAUAAUUGUACGUUUUGAUUGAAAAAUAAAUGGGGCAGGUUCACAAAUUGCCCUAACAUGUGUGCUCUUCGCAAGUCAUGAACUCAGAAGCAAGUCAUGGGCCCACAUUCUCCCCUCAUUUGAAUGUGCACAUGAGCCUGAGUUUGCUUUGUUCAUGUGAUCCGUACACCCUUUUGUAUGAGUAUUUUAUAUCAACACAUGUGGCUCAUAGGCCUUUUCAGACAUUCAGUAAUCCAUGGAAGGGAACAAGGUCACAUUUGCUGUCUUGCUGUCUUUUCCUGAUCUCUAUGCCCUAGAGUCUAGGUGUUCGUCCCAAAGUCUGAACACAAAUGCAUAUAAUGGUACAAUUCACAGGCUCCAUACAUGCAAUAGGGGACCCUGCUUUUUGCAGAGCUCAGU